UCUUUGUAGUGAAUUGCUUACUUGGAGCUUGUAAGGUUGACAAGGCCAUUGAUGUUGCUCCCCAAAGGAAAUCAAUCACAGGUAAUUGGGUCUUCAAGUACCAUUGUUAGGGAGACCCAGGGGGAGACAUUUGGUAAUGGUAGUGACAUUGACUCUAGUGCACCCUCACCUCCUCAACCUGAAAGGGGGUGAAGUAUUACAAAAGCCCAAAAAAAGCCAGAGGAUCCUUCCCAAAAGUUGAGCGUUGGGAACUAGGAUAGGAAGACAUUACCAAAAAAGGUUCAAAAGGAUAUUUCAAUCAUCCAUAAGUUGAAUAUAUGUGAUAUAUACAGAAGGUGGCGCUCAAUUUCUCAUAAGCAUAAAGAAGUGUAUUGUCAUGCUUUUUAGGUUUGUAAUUUUAUUGAAUAAUUUAUAAUGACAUUUUUAUUUAUAAAUGUGCAUUUUCUUA